UCAACUCCACGCGGCUGCUGCUGCUGCUGCUGCUGCACGCCCUUUGAAACAGCGAGGAGGAGGAGACGAAGAAGGAAAAGAAGAGGGGGAAAAACCGGGAGGACUCGCGCGGAGAGACGGCUCACCGGAGGAAGAGGAACUGGAGGAGGAGAAGGAGGAUGAGCCUCCGUUGUCAUCCUCGCGCGCAGCACGGGGACACAUAGGACAUUGUCUUUUGGACACUUUCCACGGACACGAGCUGCUUUGCCUCCUCAGAGAGAGAGUAGGAUUGUGUCUUGGCACCGCUCCCCCCCACCGCCUCCACCCCCCCUCCUCCUCCUCCACAGCCAGGUGUUGCAUUCAAGCGCGAGCCCCUCGUGUCGAUGGAGAGGCACAAGGAGGGUUGAUCCGCGCUGCGGAGCUCGCGCACUCUCCUCUGAUCCUGUCUGCGAGCCUCUCGAGCAACAACAAGUUGAUGAUUUUUGAUCUUCCUCUGGCUCCUGACCGCGUUUAGAGACACGGAGGCUGUGACCGGAUUCUUCUUUCUUUGGGCUGCUGACCUCACCGGAUUUGUCUUUCUGUGGCAUCCUUGAUGAACGGUACAGAAAACGGGAAUUAACGUGAUAUGUGCUUUAUUUUUUGGCUCUGCAGCUGCACGCGCAAAUAGGGAAAGGAUGGCAAAGUGAGCGGACCCAGCUGUGCCAGACGCGCGAGCCAUUUUUGGGUUAAAUUUGAAAGAGCACAUUUUCCCGAAAGCAGCUGCCUGACAUCGCGUGCACACCGAGCCUCGCGCAGUGUUUUUGACGGAUCCAGGCUUUCCGUGGCGCCGCGGCACCCUGAUGGUGCGGACAGUCGGCGCACGGUGGCUCGAGCUGCCGCUUGGACACAAAGCCCGGUGAUUUUUAGCCUUCAGCACGGAGACACGGUGCAUGAUGAUGAUGAUGAUGGUGAUGAUGAUACGCGGUUAAUCCGGGAGAUGCUUUUCUACUCGAGUCGGAUUUAUUUGCUUUUCUUCGCGUGACGAUGACCUCCAACCGCGCUUUACCCCGUGCCGUGCUCGCCGCAGCCCGAGAAAGAAGCACGCACCCCCGGUUCGAUGCGCACGAGAGGACAUCGUCUCCCCAAAAUCGCUGAGCUAACUCACAACCGGGAAGGAAGGGAUCAUUCUAACCGACACAACCGAUAAGGAGGAGAAAACAACAACAACAACAACAACAUCAGCGGCAACAAGCGGCAGCAGUGAUGGAGCUGUCCGAGGUCCGGUGCUCCAGCGCGAGCGAGGAGCUGUACACCAUCAACAAGACCCCGAGCAGCAGCAACAACAGCAACAGCAGCGGCAGCGCGCGACCCAAACGGCUGCUGUGGCAGGACGCGGUGCGGCACAUCACCGAGCAGCGGUUCAUCCACGAGCAGGGCGGGGGAGGCGGAGGGGUGAAGGGCAUCGGGCCGGACGAGCCCUUCGACCCGAGCCAGGACGCGCGGAAGCAGUCGGCGGGGCGGACGUCGGUGGGAGACCGGCACAACAACGGCGGGACCAAGGUGUUCCCGGAGCGCGCCAGCAGUGACUUGGGCUUCCUGCAGAUCGACUGCGCGCCGAGCAACUCCGACUUCUUCCUGAACUGGGGCUACACGUACCGGGGCGUCAUCUUCCCCACGCUGCGGAACGCCUUCAAGUCCCGCGACUUGGAGCGGCUCUACCAGCGUUACUUUCUGGGCCAGAGGCGCAAAUCUGUGGUGGUGAUGAACAUCCUGGACGUGGUGACCAAGCUCACCCUGCUGGUGCUGCACCUCACCCUGGCCUCCUCCCCGAUGGACCCGAUCAAAGGGACCCUCCUGGGCUUCUUCACGGGCAUCGAAGUCGUCAUUUGUGCCUUAGUGGUGGUGCGGAAGGACACCACGUCGCACAGCUACCUGCAGUACAGCGGCGUGGUCACCUGGGUGGCCAUGGCCACGCAGAUCCUGGCGGCCGGGCUGGGCUACGGGCUGCUGGGUGACGGGGUGGGGUACGUGCUCUUCACCCUGUUCGCCACCUACAGCAUGCUGCCGCUGCCGCUCACCUGGGCCAUCCUGGCCGGCCUGUUCACCUCGGGGCUCCACAUCCUGGUCCAGCUGCUCAUCUCCCAGAAUGCACAGCUCUCUACCAACCAGGUAGCAGCUCAGGCUGUGUUGUUCAUGUGUAUGAACACUGCGGGGAUAUUCAUCAGUUACCUGUCAGACCGGGCUCAGCGUCAGGCCUUCCUGGAGACGCGGCGCUGCAUCGAGGCUCGGCUGCGACUCGAGACAGAGAACCAGAGACAGGAGAGACUGGUUUUAUCGGUCCUGCCACGUUUUGUAGUUUUGGAAAUGAUCAACGACAUGACAAAUGUAGAGGACGAACACCUCCAGCAUCAGUUUCACAGAAUCUACAUCCACCGCUAUGAGAAUGUCAGCAUUCUUUUCGCAGAUGUUAAAGGCUUCACAAACCUCUCCACAACGCUGUCAGCGCAGGAGCUGGUGCGAAUGUUGAAUGAACUCUUUGCACGCUUUGACCGCCUCGCACACGAGAACCACUGUCUACGAAUAAAGAUCCUGGGAGACUGUUACUACUGUGUGUCUGGUCUACCUGAGCCCAGGCAGGACCACGCCCACUGCUGUGUGGAGAUGGGCCUCAGCAUGAUCAAAACCAUCAGAUAUGUGAGAUCACGUACGAAACACGACAUCGACAUGCGUAUUGGGAUCCACUCAGGCUCUGUGCUGUGUGGAGUUUUGGGACUCAGGAAGUGGCAGUUUGACGUCUGGUCCUGGGACGUGGACAUCGCCAACAAACUGGAGUCUGGAGGGAUCCCAGGGAGGAUUCACAUCUCCAAAGCAGCUUUAGACUGUUUGAACGGUGACUACGAGGUGGAGGAGGGCCACGGGAAGAACCGCAACGACUUCCUCCGCCGCCACAACAUUGAGACGUACCUCAUCAAGCAGCCGGAGGAGAGUAUGCUCACCCUGCCGGAGGACAUCAUGAAGGAGGCAGCCAGUUCGGCUGACCGCCGGGCCAGCAGCACCACCUUCAAUGAAGCGUCCUGGAGCCCUGAGCUUCCCUUCGACAACAUUGUGGGGAAGCAGAAUUACUCCCAGAUGAGGGACGAGGUGUUCAAGUCCAACCUGGUGUGCGCCUUCAUCGUGCUCAUCUUCAUCACCACCAUCCAAAGCCUGCUUCCCUCCGCCAGGAUGGUAACCAUGGUGAUCCAGUUCUCAGUCCUCAUCGUCCUCCAUUCCUGUCUGGUCCUAGUUACGACAGCGGAGGACUACAAAUGUCUGCCUCUGGUCCUGCGCAAAGCCUGCUGCUGGAUCAACGAGACGUACGCAGCGCGAAACGUCAUCAUCUUCGUCUCAAUCCUCAUCAACUUUCUGGCAGCCAUGAUCAAUAUACUGUGGUGCGACUUCGACAAGUCCAGCACCUUCAGGAACCAGACGUACAACGAAUCGGCCUCCAUCCCAGACAUCUGCUUCUACCCAGAGUAUUUUGUGUUCACGGGGGUCCUGGCGAUGGUGACGUGUGCGGUGUUCCUGCGGCUGAACUCGGUGUUGAAGUUGGCAGUGCUGCUGGUGAUGAUCGCCAUCUACUCGCUGCUGACCGAAGCCUUCUACACCUCGCUGUUUGUUCGUUACGACACCGUCCACCACAACACAGAAAAUUUCCUGGGGACCAAAGAGACGUCUUUGCUCCUGAUGGCUAUGUUCCUCCUCGCUGUGUUUUACCACGGGCAGCAGCUGGAGUACACGGCCCGGCUUGACUUCCUGUGGCGUGUCCAGGCCAAAGAGGAGAUCAACGAGAUGAAGGAGCUGCGAGAACACAACGAGAACAUGCUGAGGAACAUCCUGCCCAGCCACGUAGCCCGCCACUUCCUGGAGAAGGACCGGGACAACGAGGAGCUGUACUCCCAGUCCUACGACGCAGUGGGCGUGAUGUUCGCAUCCAUCCCGGGCUUCGCUGACUUCUAUUCCCAGACUGAGAUGAAUAACCAGGGAGUCGAGUGCCUCAGGCUCCUCAACGAAAUUAUUGCAGACUUUGACGAGUUACUCGGUGAGGAUCGUUUCCAGGACAUCGAGAAGAUCAAGACGAUUGGCAGCACCUACAUGGCCGUCUCUGGUCUGUCGCCUGAAAAACAGCAAUGUGAAGAUAAAUGGGGUCACCUGUGUGCGUUGGCUGAUUUCGCCAUCGCGCUCAACGAGAGCAUCCAGGAGAUCAACAAGCACUCGUUCAACAACUUUGAGCUGAGGAUCGGUAUGGCCCACGGCUCAGUGGUGGCAGGUGUGAUCGGUGCCAAGAAGCCACAGUACGACAUCUGGGGGAAGACGGUGAACCUGGCCAGCCGGAUGGACAGCACGGGGGUCAGCGGCAAGAUCCAGGUACCCGAGGAGACCUACCUGAUCCUGAAGGAGCGCGGCUUUGCCUUUGAGUACCGCGGCGAGAUCUACGUGAAGGGCAUCAGCGAGCAGGAGGGCAAGAUCCGAACGCACUUCUUGCUGGGCCGCGUGCAGCCCAACCCGCUCAUCCUGCAGCCACGCAAAAUCACCGGCCAGUACUCGCUGGCAGCCGUUGUGCUCGGCCUGGUGCAGUCGCUCAACAGGCAGAAGCAAAAGCAGAUCCUCAACGAGAACAACAACUCGGGCAUCAUGAAGGGCCACCACCACUACAACCGGAGGACGUUGUUAGCGCCCGGUAGCUCCGAGGUGGGAGGGGGUCAUCACACGGAAGCAGCUGAUAAGACUGAGCUGUCCUGAAGAGCAGACUGGAGCUUCAGUUCCACACAGGUUUCUCAGAGGCAGAGCUGCUAUUCAGGCAAAAACAAUCCCAGGGGUUGAGUUAAACUUCAGUGGGUGCAGCUUUCCAGCUACGUAACAUUAAAGCAGGUGGAAGUUCUUUAGGAAUCGUAGCAACUUUAGCAUUCCAGUACUGAAAGCUUCUCCUGGUUCCAGACGUCUGAAUGGCAGCACAUAAUAUCUCUGAGUUCAAGUUGAUCUGGUGUUGUGCUCAUUGACCUCUGUUUCCCCAAUAGGAACAACAGCUCUGUAGGCAGGGCUAAUAAAAGGAACAUCGUGUUCCUGUAUCAGAGCCAGGAAUCUAUUUCAAACAGAAAUGACAAAAGUGAGGAUGACAUUGAUGCUUUGGCAAGUCCUUUAACAUUUAGGGCUGACUAGUAACAACUUAUACUUGUGUGUCAGCUCUAUGCAGAGCCUACGCCUACACUACACUGUUGUGUGCAUUUAUAAUUGUGCAGUGGUGUGUCAGUGUCACUCUGCAGUCACACCUUUAAAACACUAGUUGGUGAUGGGGUUUCUGUGAAGUUCUGUUGAGUUGAGUUGAUUCAAAACACACAUUAAACACACAUUAAACACACAUUAAACAUGGCUUUAUAGCAACAAUUUCAAACACAAAUCAGCUUUACUAUAACCUGCAGCAUUCACAGAAAAAGUUGUUCCCACAUAUACAACUUGCUAAUGUUAUUAGCAUAAGCCUAUGGUAUUCUACAUUGUAUAAAUUAGUGAGAAUAAAGUUUUGGUUAUCUUGAAUUCCAUUUAUGAUAUCUGUAAUGUAAGAACAAUUGCAAAUAGUAAGAAAUGAAUUACUGAUAUCAACAACUGAUAUUUCAGUUGGAGAGAACUGAGUUAUAAAUCUCAUUAAUUAGACCUGCAACUAGUCAAAAUUACAUUAUUGAUAUGUUGGCUUGGAAUCAUUACACAGUGUCGUAACUGGAUGUGACGUGAGCUAGCGUUUUGAGCUGACCUUUUGUCAGACACCCUGUUUGUAUUUUAAUUCUGUCGCUUGUGUUGAAAGCACUGCAGUGGACGAUCCAUGAUGGUUAAAUGAGGAGUGACCUACAGGAUAACUUCUUAUUUCACUACCAAACCGAUAAGUUGGCAUCUGGCUGAAGGGAGAUCAUCAAGCAGAUGAAUGUUUCUGGUUAUAAUUGUGUGGAAUGCUAGCAAGCUAGCUCUUUUACAAAGUAGAGAUAUAGUUUGGAAGCUACAACAAUGAUAUCUUCAAGUUACCUGCAAUAGUAUUACUGUGAAUAUGCAUAAGAAGGAGGUACGUCCUCACCCGUCUCUUCAGUGGUUACUCUGAGGCCACAGCUGCCGUGGUUUGUUUACAUGACGUGAUGAAGUUCAAUAUUUAACAUAUUCAGUUUGGACAGAGAGCGCUCGACGUAAUGCGAUGCAGCGCGAUCGUCUGACACUCACAUCCAGUUAGGAUGCCAUGUAACAGGUCAAAAUUGAAUUAUAAAUAUCUGGGAUUGAGUUUGAAUAGAAGUCAAUGGUGAAAGUUGACAAAUUGUAAUUAAGUUACAGAUAUCUGCAAUGAACAUUUCCACUAGUAAGAAACUGUUGAUUGUUGAUAUCAAGAAUGAACAUUUUGACUACCUUCUCUGAUUAACAUUUGAGACGAGUGAGACUUGUAGAUACCUUUAAUUAAAAUUCCCACUCGUCAAAAUGACAUUAUGGAUUUGUUGAUUUGAAAUUCUUACUAGUCAAAAAGCAGUUGUUGAUAUCCACAUUUGCUAUCACCACCUCUGAUUAAAUAAAGUAAAAGGGCUUGUCAUAAUGCGCCUUCUAUUUCGACUGACAGUGGUGUAGACGAGAUAAAUACAUUCGUCGCUCCUUGUUAGGGUAAAAUGGAAUCCAUUGUUAGGUUCCAGCAAACCCUCUGUUCUUAAUGCUUUAAUCAUGGUUCUACAAAGGUAUUCGUACACAUUGCCACCAGUCUGCACAGAGAAAGGGUUUUAUGGGUUGCAGAGGUUUGCAGAGGACGAGUACGUCUCCCAAAUCCUAAGACAUCGGGCCCAUUUUACAAAAGCAGUUUGCGAGAGCUGCUUCCACACAGUUUGCAAAUGGCGGUGGCAUGGAUGGCAAAUUGCAGCUCAAUUUGUGAAUCCUUUAGAGCUCUAAUAUGCUCAUGCAUGAGUCAUAAGUAUGGUGUUUGUUUGGUGUGAUUAACGAUGCAAAUUGCAGCUUGCAUAUUGCAAAUUAGGUGAAUCAAGCCCCUGAGCAUUAAACAAGCUGAUUGGAUGAUCCAACUCCUGUUGCGACAUAAUGGACAAGAAAACACUGAAGUAAUCUGUAUAUAGAUAAAACAAACAACCACACGUCUCCCUGUACGUUCAGCUACGUGCAACCCAGAGAAGCACAUUCCAGCUUUGGGGAACUAUCAGCGCAAUAGAGCCAUGUUUGAAUGUGUGGGUCCCAGUUUUGUUUGUUCUUGGAUGCACAUGCAUGCAGGUGGCAAAAUUAAGUCCAAAGGAACAGUGUCAGGCUUUGAAGCCAAUUUUACGUUGUGGCCAAAGUAGAAUUACAACGUCUGGAUCCAUCACGUGAUGUCAUUGGGCCCAAAAAGACUUUUUCCCAUAGACUUACGUUGUGAAAGAGACAUCUGUAAAUCAGUGGAUACCUUUUUCUGAGUGUCACAAACCCCACAAAAUGACUUGUUUCACCAUCAGAGUUUGCUCCAUUCGGUCUGAUAACAUUUCAAAAGUCUAGAAGAACCGAAUGAUUAAAUUAUUUUAUCCCCAUUAUGUUAGCAGAGGGCUAAACAGGAAGUUAGCCACAUGGCCGGCUAAGUCUCUGUUGCACUUGCUCUAUCGGCCCCACAAUGUGGAAGAUCUGGGUAAUUUCACACCCAGGAAGUCGAACAGUUUUGGCUUUAUGCACCACUAAGUAACUUUUAUAAGAAUGAACGGAGCACCGCCUCCAGCGCUGUGUCCAGUUCCCUUUAUACGUCCAUGGACAAGACACACAGUCUUGCAAAUGGUGUCGCACUAUUCUACUUUUGUACAAGUGGCAGUAAUGUACCAAGAAACACAGCAAUGUAACAACAAAGGAAAGGAAUAAUAAACUUUAAUUACUAUACAGCACCUUUCAAAAAAGCAGCAAAAGUGCUUUACAAUAAAGGAAUUAUAGUGCUUCACAAGAAAAUACAAUGGAAAUCAACAGGCCAACAAGGCAGGUAAAUAUAAAAGGACAUUUAAAUACAAUUUUAAAGCAAAAAAUAAGAUGAAAGAGAGUACCUGUACGGUAUCAUAGCCCAAUAUUAGCAAAACCAUCAAUCUUUAAAUCAUAAAAAUGUUAAAACAUAAAUCAUAAAAUCAAGUAAGAUACAACAUUUUAAAAGAACUGCAGCUACAUGAAGUGUAUAAAGAGAGUUUCAGGAAAGCCACAACUAGUUAAAGGCUAGAGUGAAAAAAAUACAUUUUUAGCUUUCCUUGUAAAAUAUUUAACAAAUUUGCUUUCCUUUAUAUCUGUAGGCAGUUUGGUCCAUAACUUUGGGGUGCAAUUGAUAAAGGCAGCAUUCCUGAUUGUCUUUCAGCUGGUGCUGGGAACCUCCGGUAAACCAGCAGCAGAUGAUCUCAGUGUUCUUCAAGGCAAAUAGUUAACGAGGGAGUUAACAAUGAAAACCAAGGAAGAACCAAGGCAUAAGAAUACCACAAGCUGCUGUUGAUAGAGGGCUGGGCGAUGUGCCUAAAAUAUAAUAUGGCAACAUUUUUAGGCCAUAUCACAGUACAUGAGAGACAUCUCAAUAUUUUGAAAUCUCCUGCUAACUACUGGAGACUAGUAAAAUACAAAAAUAUCAAAUGAGCUACAGUUACAAUAAAGUUACAUGAAGUAGCUACUGUCAUAAUAAAGUGAAAGUACUGUUACUAUGAAUUCAAGUAAAAUACUGUUAGCAUAAAGUUAAGUAUUGAUAUAAUUGAAUAAAUCAAAGUGGAACCACUGAUGCUGAUAUUUUGAAGCACUCGACUCAUGUAGGGCAGGAAGUGUAAUGUUUUUGCUGUGAACUUGAGGCUUCUGGUCAAUAGUUAGAUGUUAGCAGUUAGCACAAAAUGAACCUGGUGCCACUGCGCUUUUAAAUGUGAGGAUUGAUUCAAUGUGAGCUGGAAACACACUAACAGCUCUCCAGCUCAUAUAUUAAUAGUAUUUGCAAGUUACACUGGUGCUCCAUGGUAAAAAAAUUAGACUAAAUAGUUGUGGUCUGGAGCCCUGCAGAUACAGAAACACACUAUUGUUCAACUCAUUCGUUAAACUGUUACCGCACACCCUUAAAUAUGAGGAUUUAUUCGCUGUAACCUGGAAACACACUAACAGCUCUCUGGUUCAUAGAUUAAUAGUAUUUGCAAGUUGCAAUGGCGCUCCAUGGUCGCAAAAUUUGACUAAAUAGUUGAGAUCAGAAGCCCUGCAGGUAACAGUUACAGAAACAUCUGCUCACACUAUCUUUAAAGUCGUCAAGUUAAACUGUUACUGUGGUGCGAUUUAAGAUUAUGAUUUAUUCGCUGUAAGAUAGAAAGACACUAACAGCUCCUCAGUUCAAAUAUUAAUAAUAUUUCAAGUCACACUGGUACUCCAUGGUCACAAACGUGACUUAAUAGUUGCAGUCUGGAGCCCUGCAGGUAACAGUGACAAAAGACCCAUGCCUCUGCUGCUCACACCAUCGUUAAACUCAUUAAGUUAAACUGUUGCUGCUACACUUUUACAUGUGAGGAUUUAUUCUCUGUAAGCUGGAAACACACUAACAGGUCUUCGGUCCAUACAUUAAUUAUAUUUUAAAGGCGAACUGGUGCUCCAUGGUUGCGAAAUGCAACCCUGCAGCCCUGCAGGUACAAAAACACCCGCCUCUCUUGCUCACACACUGUCGCUCAGGAAAAAGUGAUUUGGACGGGCGAAGGAGUGUGUGUGUGUGUGUGUGUGUGUGUGUGUGUGUGUUUGUGUGUGUGAGAGAGACACAUCCUGUUUGUGAGUCUCUCCUUGUGUGUGUUUGUGAGAGUGAGAGAACUGAAAAUCCAAAGCGAGGCUGUUUGCGAUAUAGUCAUUUUGUACAUGGUAUGAGGAACAAGCCGAGAUACACUGAGUAUAUUUGAUGUAUCGCCCGCCCCUUUGUUGAUGUAAACAACACAGGUUCUAAAUUAAAGAGAAAUCAACCUUCCAUUUGAGCGUUUUAUGAGGAAGGAGUUUGUUAGACCUCAAGGAAACACUCAAUGUGUUCUGUUGAGAAACACUGAAUGUUAACAGAAACUUGUUUACAGGAAAACUUCACUGGCCUCCGUUAAUCAUACAACCAGGUGAACGCAGGGUAUCGGGAAAGAAAAGUUGCUACUUAGUUAUUUCAGAUGAGUUGGUUGUUGAGAUCAGCUACAGCCUGAACGUGAACCAGUCUCACAUCACCUUUCAACAUCAUGAAUGUCCUGUAAGAACGAAUGAAGUCACUUGCGUAUUUUAAAAAAGUUACUUCGUUUUUCAGGUUGCAAGUCAGUUUCUCUGGCUCCUCCCACUCAGGUGUAACUCAACCAGUGACAUUGUUUCUGCCUCCUGAAGCUGCUCUGCUUUUGACAAAUGUUUGUAGAACUGAAACUCCACUUUGUGAAGGAGGAAGAGGAGAGCGAUGAAGAGGAGGAGGAGGAGGUGUUGGGGUAGGGAGGGAAGGAGGGGGGGAGUGGACGGGACCGCUGCGUUCUGUUUCCAUCCUGCCUCGUCUGUUUGAUGUCUGUUGGAAUGAUCCCCUCGGACUGUCCGACGUUCCUCCUGUCGUUUCCCACUUCCCCUUUUUAUGUCGCCACCGACCCGCUCCCCGCCCAAAACCCAGAAUCCCUGUCCCGCUCUGACCCUCGCCCGGAGUCAAUGUUUCUUUUUUGUAUUUCUUUUAUAUAUGAAAACACAAUAAAAGGGGUCUAAUUU